UCUCCCCAUCAAACUCAUAUGUAUAUAAGCUUCUUUUCACACACACCUCUUCCACGAACCAUCCAAUCUCACCUUCUUCCUUCAACCACUAUCACUGCCAAUCACAAACCACACCAUACCCUUCAAACCAACCCAUUCAAAACACUCAAAAUGAACGCUGCGGAGCAUAUCGCUUAUGACACGGUCAUGAUCACUCUAUCCAUAUCUCUCAUCGUUCUUGCCAUCAUCCUCUUCCUGGCUUGCAAGAAGAAACCCGUUGAAUCCGAAGAAACACUUCCCGUGAAGUUGUGUGCUCGUGCAUACCCCUUGACGGAAGUUGAUGCCGCCACCGACGGCUUCAACCACAGGAGAAUCAUCGGGCAGGGUCGCUUGGGAACCGUAUAUGCGGGUACACUGGAGAAAGAAGAGCUGGUAGCCGUUAAAAGGAUUCACCCCGUUCUCGUGUUGAGCAAUGCAGGUUUUGGUUUCUCAUCCGUGUUGAAAUGGCUCUCCUUGGCACAACACCCGAACGUAGUUCCGAUCAUAGGGUUCUCAGAAGCACCGGGUGAGAGAGUUAUUCUGAUGGAGUUUGUGCACAUGGCGAGCUUGGACUUCUACUUGCAUAAAAACCAAGACGGGGCUUCACUUUUGGAUUGGAACAAGAGGUUGAGGAUUGCAGCUGGAGCAGGCAGAGGGCUUCAAUACCUGCAUGAAGUGGUGGCACCAAACAUUGUACAUGGGUGUGUUAAGUCGUCUAAUAUCCUGAUCGAUGUGAACUUCUGUGCUAGGAUUUGUGAUUAUGGGCUUAACUUUUUGGCACCUGUGGAAAAGAGAGGAGUGGUGGGGUAUGUGGAUGAUGAAUAUUGGAGUGAAAGAAGGGGUGGUGGAGCUACCAAAGAGAGUGAUGUUUAUGGUUUAGGAGUAGUCCUGCUGGAGCUUUUAACUGGGAAAGGGUGUGAGGGAGGGUUGUUGGUGAAGUGGGCAUUGCCUUUAAUUAGAGAAACAAGUUUUAGUGAACUUUUAGAUCCUAGGUUGGUGAUUCCUUCUGACACCAAGCCUCUGGUUAGAUUAGCCAAAGUUGCUUCAGCAUGUGUCGGUAACUCACGGAAAUGUAGGCCUUCUGUCGCUCAAGUGGCUACCAUUUUGAACAAUUUAGAGACUGAAGUGUGUCUCUGAUCCCCAUGAUCAUGAUUGACCAAUUUGCCUUCAGUUUUGUACCAAGGAAUUGGAAUGCAAAUGGCAUAAAAAAAAUCUUAGUCUUCUCUUAUGAUUAGUUAAUGAAUUUAUUGAAAUGAAGAGGAGAAAAAGUGUGAUGAGUUUCGUGAGGUUGAGAUUCAUCGGAUGCGAGUGAUUGGUGAGAAAAUUGGUGGAAUUUUGAGGAGGGAAGAGGGUCAUAUCGAAUAAUUUUUUGUUGGGGAAUUUUGAAAUAGAAAGGUGGGACGGUGCCGUUGUCCUUAGGGCGGUGAGUAUUAAUCUCAGCUUCCGUGUAGCAUGGGGAUCCUUUUGGUCAUGAAAGUGACCUAUUUUUGUAUUUAUUUAAUUCUUAGUUUCUCCAAACUUUUAAUGUCUGCAUAUGUACCUAUUUUUUCCAGCUUGUAAUUAGGUACCCAUAUGCAACGUUGUACAUUUUUAUAAAUUAAUAUCGCUGUUUUCUUUUA